GAACCUGAAGUCUGGUGGAGGAGUCUGUGAGUUGCCGGGAGAGAACUAGCUGCUCUAUUUCAUCGAAACUAUAUUCAGAGAGACGACCUCCGCGCCAGGGUCAGUGUUGAUUACGAUUGUGCAGCCUGCGCUGCGGAAAGAAGUUAGUGAGACUGGUGGGGAUCUCCAAUUUGUUUCCGAGUGGAGUGACGAGUGAAUCUUCUUGUCCAGAAGCUCCCUAAAAAAAAAUGCGCGAAAAACGCCGGUGGCUCGCCCGUGCCGCUCUUUUGUGGAUCAGCUCUCUUUGCGUGCAUGUAACGGACGCUGCGGGUAGAUUCAGGUUUCUGAUUGCGUCGUCGCCAAGGCUGUCGAAGGUGUCUCUUUUUGUUUGCGCUUGUCAUGCGUGUGAUGAAAUUCGUAUUGGUUUUGCAUUUGCUUUUGCGUUUGUCUUGCAUGUGCAUUGAAUGCUUGUGUUUGUCUUAGUAUCGAAGAGUGGGAAGUGGCUGCUGGCUCACCCACAUUUGGCCAAACCUGAGGUUUCCUACGUCGCCUUGAAUGUUCUUCGCGGGACGACAUCCCUGAUCCGCCCCCUCAUCAUUCCCGGCAACGAGGUGGACAGUCCUCGGGGCAUGUGUGUGGACGUGCCGCGAAACCGCCUGUACGUCACGGACCCGGGAGUGACGUCCCGCAAGAUCUACUGGUACGAACUAGAGUCCUCCGCGGAAGACGAGAUCAAGAUCAAGGGGCCGGGCCGACCCGCGGCCCUGCAGGUCGACGCAAACUGGUGCGCGGUAGACCACGUGGGGAACUUGUUCUUCACGGAAGCGGGGGUGAACGGGAUAAAAAAGGUCCCCGCGUCCGUGCUGAUCGGCGAGGGCGUGUCGAGUCCGAACUCCGCGGAAGUAUUGUACACCGAUGAGAAAACCGCGGAAUUAUCCGGUCCGGCUGGACUCGUCGCGGAUAACUUCCACCUGUACUGGGGGAACACAGUCAUCGGCCAGACACGAGGAACGAUCGGACGGGCACCGCAAAUGGCGAUCUACCAGGAUGCGAGCAGGGUACUUACUUGUAGUCAUCUUGAUGCGCGGCAGCUUCAUGAACUGUUCAUGGAUACUGUUUUUCAUGCGCGGCGUGGACAAGUCGAGUAGUUUGUCGUGCAGAUCAUUGUUCCGACAUGUAAAUUGUACAGAAAAUCGCCGCGAACGCAGACACGGUCCACGGCGUGUGCAACGUCGGGAGCCACGUGUACUUCACAGAGAAGAACCAAAAGCUCCACGCGGUCGCGAAGACCGGUGGCAUAAUCACCCAAAUAGCGGACACCUUCGUGGAGCCGAGAGGGUGCGCCUGGGACGGGGGCGGGAGUUUGUACGUUGCGGACCGCCAGGGAGGCGCGGUUUACGAACUACCGGUCAAUCUGCCGCAACCCUCGAAGGCCGCGGCGGUUACCAACAUGUUUUCCAUCGAAGAUGCGUUUGAUGUGGCCUUGUUCGAAGCUGCGUGAUCAUAUCUCUCAUGCAAAAGAAGCAAAUUAAAGACAAAGACAUGACCACAACUACAGGUUUUCUUUUCGGUGAAAUCAUGUGUAUGACCGAUCCUGGCGAGGCGGAUUUUAACGUGUUCGCUGUGAGAGCAGAGUUGCC